GUGCAUGAAGUUAAUGUCUUAUUAUGCCCAAGUUGUCAAAAACAAGCGACCCAGCCUGGCUGUUAGUUAAGGCGUGCUUAAUGUGCGUGCGGGCGGCUAAAAGGGGCGGCUGAAAGGGGCGGGCUCUUAUGGACUCGAGCUGGAAUCUGGAUGCUGGGAACUGGGAGCUUCGGUUUCUCUUGAGUUUCGAUUUGGCUUAUGUACGUCAGCCGGCGUCGCCGGUUUAAUGAUAACAAACUCAACACAAGUGAUAACGCGUCAAAUUACCAAAAGCAGUGUGCAUGUGUGUUUGCUGUGGGUGUGAGUAAGGGUGUUGGUGUGCGGGGGCUGGUGUCACGGGAGUUGUAAAUACAAUCAAUGAAUUUCAACUGGUUGUCUUGGCUCCACUUCCCGACCCCCAUUAAUUUCCAUAGCUCGGCGGCAAUUGUCGGAUUCCGUGUGUAAGUGCAUGGGUGCCAUGUGUGUGCGUCUGGCAAAACGAAAUUAGGCAAAUUUAAUGAAUUUAUGCUGGUGGCAUCCCCUUUGUAAUCCGAGUGCGCGCACACCAAACUCCACCGCAACCGCAAGAACGCGCCGUCCCAUCAGCCAGCGAAUCGCAGGACCUCCAAUCCGACCACAUUCACGUCCCCAGAAGCGUCAUUAUCGGGCACCAGAAAUCGCCAUGGAGCAGCGGCCCACAACUUUGGCCGCCGCGUCGUGCAAAUGGGGUAAGUGGACCGGUGCGGUCCCAAGAACCCAACUAACUUGUCAUAAGGAGCACGGGCAUGGAACCCGAGGCACGAGGCAGGCCAAAGUCGAAAGUGAAUUGGCUUCAUUGCGUCUAAAUGUGGUGUCAGAAGACACGGACACGGCGGCUGUCCGUCCUUCCGUAUUUACUUCCUCCAGUGCUGCCAACUAUCGAUUCCAAGUAUGUACUAAAAUACCUACAAAGUAAAUUAAGAUGAAAGUAUCUAAAAAAUAUUUGGUUGUUUUUAAUAAUAAAAUUAGAGAGCACUUUCCUAAGUUUACAUAAAAAAUUCAUUUAAAAAACUAUACUCGAUUAUCAAAUCAAGUUAAAAUUUUCACAACAGAUCAAAGGAAACAGAUCAGUAAGAAACAAUUUUAAAACAAACAAAAUAUUUAACUUUUUAAAAACAAAAUUACAUAUUUUAUGGAGAUAUUAAGAAUUUCAUAAGAAUUUUAGAAUGAUUUAGCUUGACAUUCUCUUCCAUUAUUUAAAUUUAAUAGUUUUGUUUUUUUUCGGCUCAAGUCUUUCAAGAAUUUAAAAUAUUUAAACAAAUUUUCAAAUGUGUUCCAAAUAUUUUCGACAAAACUG